UAUGGAACAUAUGGACUGGUGGUGGUGGAGUGGUUUGCCAAUGGCAGUAUAGCUGAUAUUUUUCCUACAUCAGGAAUGGUCACAUUUUCAGAGGGCCAGACACUCACUACAAUCACUGUCACAGUUCUAGCAGACAGCGUUGCUGAGAUGGCAGAGACAGUCAUGGUUAUCCUGACAAAAGCGACUACCAUGAAUAUCAAGGAUCCAAAUAAAGGAGCAAUACUGGACCCAAGCAGGUCAAAGGCUUUGCUGACCAUCCUUCCCAAUGACUCACCACAUGGAAUAAUUGGGUGGAAUGUCAAUUCAUCAUCAGUUAAAGUGACUGAACCAGAAGGAAAUUCUACCAUCAUCACUUUGCAAGUGACUAGAGAACAAGGAUUGGUGGGUGAUAUUGCUGUUUACUUGCAACCUCUACAAAACAUCUCCCUGCCACCUGUUAACAGAGCCACAGAAAAUGAAGAUUAUGCAAUUAAAGAUAGGAUCAUUAUUAUCAGGGAGAACAGCAUGUUUGCUCAAGUAAAACUCAUCAUCUUACCUGAUAACAUCCCUGAGUUAAAUGAAGGUUUUCUCUUGAACAUUACUGAUGUCCAGUUUGUGAAUACUUCUGUAUCAAGUGGAUCACCAAUGCUUAAAAGGCCUGGGGAGGAAAUCUGUGAAAUAACAAUCCUGGAGAAUGAUGAUCCCAGAGGAGUAUUCCAGUUUAACGUUACCAAGACUGUAAAUGGAGCUGUGCUGGCUUACGAAGUUCCACCUCCACAGAAUGUACUCAGGCUUCCUGUUGUCAGACAAGCUGGAAACUUUGGCAUUAUCACUGUUUACUGGGAAGCUCUGCCAAUC